GAGUCCGGCAUGGAAAGUAGCCGGCGUGAUCAAAAAUGGCGUCGAUUAUGUCUUUUAGGUUAUUAACGAAACAUAAAUUGCUAUCUAAAUAUCGAAGAAGUCUAUGUGACCCUCGUAUAUUAAGUUGCAAAUGCAGUUCCAACACUGAAAAUCACGAGAAAUCAAAAGUUUGUGUUAAUUUGAGUAACGGGAAUGAGAUCACGUUUUCAACGGGUCAAUAUGCCAAAAUGGCAGAUGGAUGUGCGGUGGCAUCGAUGGGUGAUACCGCCGUCAUGGUCACAACGGUCAGUAAAGUGCGAGCUUCGAAUAACUCAUUUUUACCACUUGUCGUCGACUACAGACAAAAGGCAGCAGCCGCCGGUCGAAUACCGACAAACUUUUUCCGCAAGGAACUGGGUCCCACCGAACACGAGAUCCUGACGAGUCGCCUGAUCGACCGUUCCCUGCGUCCGCUAUUCCCAGAUAAAUAUUGCUAUGACACUCAAGUGAUGUGCAACAUUUUGGCCGUCGACGGAGUCAACGACCCAGAUGUAAUUGCGAUAAACGCAGCAUCGGCAGCUUUGCAUUUGUCAGAUAUUCCUUGGAACGGACCGGUCGCUGCUGUCAGAAUGGGUUUCAUUGAUGGAGAAAUCGUUAUAAACCCGACGAGAAAGCAGAUGCAAAACAGCGAUCUGAAUUUAAUAAUUACCGCGUUGGCGAACAGUCAUAUUGUCAUGCUCGAUGGCUCUGCAAACGAUAUACUUCAACCAGAUUUUUUCAGCACAUUAAAAACUGGCGUCAAAGAAUGUCGGACCAUUGCACAAAGUAUAUCGCAACUGCGAAAACAAAAUGGUAAAGCUAAAAGAGAAAUCGCGGCAAUUCCUGAGAUGAAGGAACAGAUCAAAGAGUCGAUAAGAAUUCUUUCAGAACUGCGACUGCGAGAAAUAUUCACAGAUCACGAACACAACAAAAUUUCACGAGAUAAUGCAGUGAAUAACAUUAGAACAGAUGUUAUUGAGAAAAUGAAACAGGAAGAUCCCGAUAUCGAUCUUGCUGUUGUAGUGGAAGAGUUUUCAGUGCUUAGCAAAGAGAUAUUCCGGUCGCUCAUCUUUGAAGAGAAUGUAAGGUGCGACGGGCGAACGCUUGAUGAAUUGCGUAACAUAUCGUGCGAAGUUAAUCUUCACAACCCCCUCCAUGGGUCUGCAGUAUUCCAGAGGGGACAAACACAAGUGUUUUGCACAGUAACUCUAGAUUCGCCGGAAAGUGCUAUGAAAAUGGAUGCCAUUUCUAUGCUGACAAGUGGAAUAAAGGAAAAAAAGUUUUUCUUGCACUAUGAGUUUCCACCAUUUGCAACAAAUGAAACUGGACGUUCAGGACCGGGUGGACGGAGAGAGAUUGGUCACGGUGCUCUUGCUGAGCGAGGACUACGCGCUGUUCUUCCCAAAGACUAUCCCUUUACUGUAAGGCUCACUAGCGAGGUGCUAGAAUCCAAUGGUUCUUCAUCAAUGGCAUCUGUUUGCGGUGGAAGUUUAGCACUAAUGGAUGCCGGUGUUCCAAUAACCGCCGCAGCUGCGGGAGUAGCGAUGGGUUUGGUUACGAAGUAUGAUGAAACUAAGCAGAUCAGCGACUACAGAGUCCUUACAGAUUUAUUGGGUAUCGAAGACUACAUGGGCGACAUGGACUUCAAACUAGCAGGUACAAAGAAAGGGAUCACGGCCAUACAGGCAGACGUCAAGAUUCCCGGGAUUCCGGCAAAAAUUGUAUUUGAAGCAUUGCAGCAAGGCCACGACGCGAAAUCAAAGAUCAUUGAAAUUAUGAGAUCUGCGAUCUCCAAGCCGAGAGAAGAGAAAAAACCAAAUAUGCCAGUGUCAGAAAUUCUUGAAGUACCCGGUCAUAAGCGUGCCAAGUUCGUUGGAAUUGCGGGCUCAAAUCUUAAAAAGAUACUCGUCGAAACUGGAGUUCAGGUGAAUCAAGUCGAUGACACAAUCUUCUCACUGUUUGCGCCUAACCAAAUUGCAAUGGACGAAGCAAAAGAAAUAAUAGAUGAGAUUCUUACUACGGAACGUGAGCCGGUUUUAGAGUUUGGGGCAAUUUAUACCGCCAGAAUUGUGGAGGUUCGUGACUUGGGAGUGAUGGUCACACUGUAUCCGAAUAUGAAUCCGACAUUGGUCCAUAAUUCGCAGUUGGAUCAACGGAAAAUAAAUCAUCCAAGUGCUCUAAAUUUCGAAGUUGGUCAAGAAAUACACGUUAAAUAUUUUGGCCGAGAUCCUGUAUCUGGAGCAAUGAGGCUAUCGAGAAAAGUUCUACAAAGCGGCGCUGUUGCACCUGUGAAAAAAUUCUCAAGUUCGUGAAUAGGCGAGAUUUCGAGUCAUAAUUAAAUGAAUUGCAAACCACAAUUUUUUACGUAUGAGCAGGUCGUUCGGUGUUUGUAUGAUAUGUACUAUGAAGUUAGUAAAAAAAUCAUCGUUUGCAGCAACAUCGCUCGUGGCGAGUCGAUAGAACCUAUCAAGAAAUUGCAUUGCGAUUUUAGAACAUAACUAUUUGUUACUUUAUAUUAUAUCGAGUAAUUAGAUCUUUGGUAACAAUACCAUAGGCUGUAAAUAUAUUUUCAAUUUCAUUACA